AUGCACUUUUUCAUUCAUAGUGGCAUAUACAGUUCUGAAUAUUUCCGUUCAUCUAUUCUACAUCUUUUUGCUGGAAUCACCGUUAAAGGAGUUAUUGAUGAUCUCGACUGUGUUAUCAAAAUCCUUAAAACAACUGGUUUUGGCGAAGACAGGUUUUACAUUCAUUGUGACGGGGCUCUAAGUAGUCUUAUGAUGCCUUUUGUCAAACGUGCUCCGAAAAUCUUGUUUGAGAAGCCAAUUGGGAGUGUUUGUAUUUCUGGCCACAAGUUUCUUGGAUGUCCAAUGCCUUGUGGUGUUCACAUAACAGGAUUAGACCACAUCAAAGCACUAUCGAGGAACAUUGAAUACAUAGGUUUUCAAGAUGCCACGUUAAUGGGAAGCCGCAUCGGUCAUGCUCCGAUCUUCCUCUGGUAUGCACUGAACCAGAAAGGCCACCAAGGGUUACAAAGAGAAGUCCAGAUGUGCCUCAAGAAUUCCCAGUAUUUAAAAGAACGUCCGCACGCCUCAGGGAUAAGUGUCAUGCUUAACGAAUUUAGUAAUAUUGUUGUACUUGAAAGCCACGGAAUGAAGAAUUCAUCCGCUAUUGGCAGCUGCUUGCAGUUCAAGUUUGAUGAAUUCUUACGUGACUUGGCUGAAAACCGGGCAAUCUGGUUACGGGAGGGAAAGCAUCAACCACUUUGUGCUUCUCCUAACCUUGGGAAGGAAAAUUGUGCUUGUCCUCUACGCAAGUGA